AUGCCCUCGGGGAAGACACUCAAGCUCAUCCUGUAUGAGGUGCUGCAGUUUGCAGCCCUUGUCGUACCCAUCUUUGUGAUUAUGGAGAGGUUUGCUGGCCUUACACGUGAUGUGAAAGGACGAGAUCUAAUGGCCUACUGGCUAGUGGUGGCUGUCUCUAUCGCUUAUGUGACCUCUGUGACCCUACUUGUGUGGGUUCCUCUGAAAUAUCUGAUCCUGAAACGACGCAGGUUCAUCUCAGAGACCACACAGUGGAGACCAACAGCGCUGGCGUUUAUCAUCCUGUGCACCUUACCGUGCUUUGCUAUUUUAAUAACCAGCUCCAAGGUGCAGGUGGACCGAGGACACAGUCUCGACCAUUUCGCAGAAUUGCCCGUUUCCUUGGUGCUUGUCUCUCUCAUCUGUGUGGAUAUGAUAGAGAGGAUUCGCCCCUGCAGGCUCAUUGGACAACCAAACAGCCUGGAUGAUUACCUCGAUAUGCCAGGCCCCAUCCUCACCCACCUAGAACAGGUGACCACCGUAACAGGCCGUCCGCACACUGAUGAAGGGCAAAACGAUAUGACCCAAGGCCGUCCAGAGGCCAGGAAUGGCAGCACCUCAGGCAGAUGGCGGGACCUCGCUGGCUCGCCCACCUGCUCUACGUUCAGCUCACGCGCACCCAGCCCUGCCUACCCGUACUCCUCAUACUCACGCCCCCGAUCCUACUCUGGUAAUCUGGGCUUCCUGUGGAGGAGAGACAGAAGGUCAGAGGUGUUUGUGGAUAGUUUCCUGUUCUGGCUAGACACUGUGGAAAUGGUGAGAGUGGCAGGCGAGCCAUCAGUCUUCUACUCAGCCUGGGUGUUCCCCGUCUACAUCCUCGCCUUCAUGUCUUCUCUCCGCGUGGUCAUCACUCCUAACAACCCUUUAUUGUCUUUUGCUGGAGUUGCACUGCAGGACCUUCCUUUUUUUAUCCUUAGAGUCGCUCUGAUUGUUGAGUUUGGUUAUGUAACUCCUGUGUUGUACCCACUGAAGAAUGUGCUGGUGAGCCUGACUUUUGUCUACUUUACAUUCCUGACCAAGCUGAGGAUUUUCAAAAGGCAGAGCAUGUUUUGAGGAGGAGUGGCACAUUCUGUUGUUAAUGACCGAUCUGCUUUGAUUGUGGAUGGUUGAACAGUUGGUAUUUAUGUGUGGGGAACAGCACCAGCGAAACAUGGUGCUGGCACUGAUGAUGAAGAACGACAUGAUUAGAAUCGUAAUGGCUGAAAAUGUAUAGUAAAGGCCAUUCAUCCAAAUCAAAGUGUAAAAAUUAUUCUGGAUUCUGGGUUGGAGUGCACAGUAAGCCACCUGUUCUCAUUUCUCUGUGACAUAUUUGAAUCCAAAUGUAUUUAUUGAUACUUAAUGUUUACCUGCUACAUUUCUUUCUCAUUUUUUAUCUGUACA